AUGAAAGGAUUCACAAUCACCGACUUGUGUCCAGAGAUGUUCCAUCACAGUGUCUCGCCGGAUGUGUCUUCCAUUGAUUCGUCAGAAGCCUCAACUCCGAUGAGCUCAGAAUCGAUGGAGCUGAAAUCAAAUGCAGUUUCACCAGCUCCCAGCUCCCCAGAAUCCAAGGAAACGGACCCUCUCGAAAGACCGCCGUAUUCGUACAACUCACUGAUUGCAAUGGCCAUCCAGAGCAGUCCAUUCAAGCGAUUGAGACUCUCGGAGAUCUAUUCCUACAUCUCCAACAACUUCCCGUAUUACCAGAUGAACAAGUCACAGUGGCAGAAUUCGGUUCGUCACAACUUGUCGUUGCAUAAGGAGUUUCAGAAGGUUCGGACGAUUGAUGGGAAAGGUAGCUACUGGGAAAUGACUGCCGCGUUGGGAACCGAGAUGUAUAUUGGAAAAGAGUGUGGAAAGCUCCGUCGUCAGUCAGCAAAAAGCAGGAAGGUCAAGGAUAACGUCCCCCAACUAUUCGAUCCAUCUCCUCUCCUUGGAUUCACAGAUCCCUCUACGAUCCCCCAACUCCCGAAUAUUCCCCUCUACUCCCAGAACCCAAUGAUGUAUAAUCUCACUCAAGCAUUCCUUCAGAAUCCUCAUUUGAUUCCAUUGAUCCUCCAGAAUUUCCCACUCCAAAACCCUCCUAACUUUUCCGGAACUUUCCCGCCACUCUCGUUCCCGUUCCCAUCAGUUCAAACUCCUUGA